GACAUGAACUUCCCACCAAAGAAGAGAGUGAAAGGCCAUCAGAUCCCCGCUGAACCCGGCCUGUUUGACGAAGACAUGGAUUUCACCCAGGACCACCUGGAGCAGAUUGACAUCAUCGCGCCCCAGGCCUUAAACGGACAUUUGCUUUCAGAGACGAUGACAUCAGCAGCAGCACAAACAACAGUAAAGAAGCACGAAGAAAAGAUGCGUUCGCUGAAGGAGGAAGAGAAGGAGAUCCUGAUGAAGAACGGAGAGAUCCGAGUCCUGCGCGACUCCCUGAAACAGGCCAAUCAUUCAGAAGAAGGAGCAGCAGCGGCAGACCCAGCUGGUCCUGGAGAAGGAGAAAGCUCAUGCUGGGAGCGAACAUGAGGAGCUGCUGUCCAGGAAGGUACAGAGAGCUCCACAGAGCCACUGAAACAUUGACGACAUCCAGCUAAAGGCUUGUUUCGCUGCAGGUGCAGUCUCUGCAGCCAGAGUUGAAUGGUAAUGAGAGAAAACAGUAAUGAGAGACGGUUGUUCUGUGGUCUGCACUGUCUGCUACAACAUUGUGUUCAUUUAUGCGUGUCUUUUUGCUCAUAUUAGUACGUCUCUUUGCACACACUCCACUCCACAUGAUGCACAUCAUC